GGACGAACGCGGACGCAUUCAAAAUGGUAUUGGAAUACUUUGAUUGGUUGGAUUAUCUGGUAUUCGGACUAAUGCUUCUCCUGUCCGCUCUUAUCGGAGUUUAUUUUGCAUUCUUUGCUGCGAAGAAACAGAACACUACAUCAGAGUACCUAAUGGGCGGAAAAACGAUGGGAAUUUUUCCCAUAUCAAUGUCCUUGAUUUCCAGCUAUAUAUCUGGAAUUUCACUUCUGGGUCUGCCAGCUGAGAUGUAUACUUACGGAACUCAACUCUGGACCAUAGUGCUAUCAGAGUGGAUCGUAUCAGUUACUAUAUCUAUAGUCUACCUCCCUGUGUUCUACAAUCUGCAAAUUACAUCCUCUUAUGAGUAUUUACGCUUACGUUUCAAUCAACACGUUCGUUUACUUGGAUCUAUAAUAUUUAUCAUCAAAAUGUUAUUGUAUAUACCGAUAGUGAUAUAUGUGCCUGCUUUAGCAUUAAGUCAAGUGACUGGAACAAAUCUUCACAUGAUAACACCCAUCGUUAGCAUCGUUUGCAUCUUCUACACGACUGUGGGUGGUUUAAAAGCAGUUGUUUGGACCGAUGCUUUGCAAACUAUUUUCAUGUACUUCGGUGUUGUUUUUGUACUAAUUUAUGGAACUUGUCGACUCGGUGGCGUUCGUGAAGUUAUACGAAUCAACCAAGAAGGAGACCGACUUGACUUCUUUAACAUGGAUAUGGAUCCAACAAUACGUCAUACAUUUUGGUCAACUGUCUUUGGGAACUACUUUAGUUGGCUGGCUUCGUGUUCAGUCAACCAAGCUAUGAUACAGCGUUGCCUUGCCCUCUCGUCACUUAGAAAAGCGAGAAUAACCAUCUUCAUAAUGGCUGCGGGUAUAUUCGUCAUCGUAUCGCUCUGCUGUUACACUGGUCUUGUAAUCUACGCUACAUUCGCAAACUGCGAUCCUCUUAGCAUCGGAGCUAUAAAGAAAAGUGACCAGCUCCUGCCGUACUUCGUGAUGACAAUAACUGGUUCCAUUCCUGCUUUGCCUGGAAUUUUCAUGAGUGGAGUCUUUAGUGCUGCUUUGAGUUCAAUGUCAACGGGUUUGAAUUCAAUGUGUGGUGUAAUAUUUGAAGAUUUGAUCAGGCCAGCAUAUAACAAGCCCAUAUCGGAGAGGACCGCCAGCUUCAUCAUGAAAGUUAUUGUGGUGAUUAUAGGUGGUAUCUGCGUCGCCCUCGUGUUCCUGGUCGAACAUAUGGGAGCCCUCAUCCAGGCUGGUAAAAGCCUAGCUGGAAUAACGGCUGGUAGCCUGCUGGGAUUGUUCACAAUGGGACUAUUUUUACCAUGGAUCAAUGCUACCGGCGCAUUAGUUGGUGGCAUAACGUCAACAAUUCUGGUGGGAUGGAUAUCUUUGGGCACUCAGGCGGCCAUGUUGCGGGGAGAGAUCGUAAUAGCAGCAAAACCAGUGGAUGUGUCUGGUUGCGCAGCAAAUUACACGUUUCAUGCCUCCCUUACUCCGGAAUCUACUGUAGAAUUUGACAGGUCUGGAACAUUCUUCAUGUACAGAUUAAGCUACUUGUACUAUACGUUUGUUGGGAUGGUAGUAUGCAUCGUCACUGGCGCUCUUGUGUCAUACUUCACUCAGCCAAAUGAUUCUUCAAUGAUCCAUCGUGACCUCCUGACUCCAGUUAUCCAUCGCUGGUUACCUCCCCAAAGUAUCCACUGCCGCAGACCACGCCUCACACAGCAUGACAUCGAUUUACACGCGAGGGAGAUGGAACUAUUGCAUCUUCGUACAGCAUAUUUGAAGGAUGACAACAGUAUUGAUGGCGAACUUCUCUCUCCAAGAAAUAAUAUUUAUAGUUGAUAAUUUUAAUUUUUUAUU